AUGGCGACACCCGGCAGACUUCUCCCCCGCUUGCGCCCUCUGGUGCCUCGCAUCGCUCGCACUCCUCGCAAUGCCUUCAUCACCAGCCAGGCCCAGACGCCGCCCGACCCGAUCGAGCCCUCAAAGGCGCAGGCCCAUCCUCUAGGCGCAUACUACGAGUCGAUCCUCACGAACCCGCAGCCCAUCCCCGCCGAAAAGCCCGAGGAGCCCCCGUCCUCCUCCACCAUUAAGCAGGAGCAGCAAGGCCCCCUAGCCGGUCCUGCCGAGCGCAAGCAGCGCCUCGAGGAUCUGCGCCGCAGAAGUACCAGGGUCGCUGGCGUGCUGAUUCCCCCGCGACCCGAUGAGCCUGAUAACUGCUGCAUGAGCGGCUGCGUCAACUGCGUGUGGGACCGGUUUAGGGAGGAGAUGGAAGAAUGGUCAGCCGCCAAUGCUGAGGCUCAGAUGAAGCUGAGGGAGCAGCAAAAGGCAAAGGACGGCGUAGCAGCAGAUACGAUGAGCAUGGAUGACGACGGCGGCGGUUCGGAAACUAACUGGGUGCCGAAAGAUCCCAAGAUCGCCAAAGAUAUGUGGGAUGAGAAGCUGUAUGGGGACAUUCCGGUUGGAAUUCGUGAGUUUAUGAAGACGGAGAAGAAGUUGAAAGUGAUGCAUGAAAAGGAGGGAACGGUAGGCGGCUGA